AUGCUUACGAGCUGCUUCGGGUUCUUACAGCCAUUUUGGGAUGGCUUCAACCAGGAAUGGGCUCGCCUGGCAGCCUUGCAAAAGGUGCGGCAUGAGUUCGCGGAAUAUCGCCGCGACCAUGCGACGCUUGUCCAGCUCAAGGACGAGAGCACGCGCCUCAUCAUUUCUUCUCUCUACGAGCUGAAAGAGCAGAAGGACCAGGCUCCGUUUCCUCCUACCUCGUAUGAUCAAGAUGCUGAGUGGCAGUUCACGAAAAUGACACCAGCGCAAAAAGAGUACUUUUUCCGCGUGCUGCUGGAAAAGCUCAACGGCAGCACGUGCACUAUGUCCUUCCCUGUGGGUUCACAGCCCCCCACCACAGCAAGUGUGCUUGCCAUCGACAAGACGGAGCAGGGCAUCAAGGAGACACCGUGGACGCCGCGCCUCAGCAGACCUCUGCGCCACUCCAGCACCGGCGAUGGCGCUGGAGAAGCACUUGGCAACGAGGAGGACGAGGCAGCGAAUUCGCCUCCGGGUGCCUCGGCCGUCGCCUGGAUCGAUGCGGCACCUGCCGAGGGCGCGAAAGUGGAGGAGAUCCCGGACGUGUCCAUUGAACAGCACCUCGAGCAGGUCGCGCAUGUGCCGAAGGUCCAGGAGGUCGAAAAGACAGCCCGCAAUCCUGUUGACCUGGAGGUCGAAGGGCCGCGCCCCGUGGUCGCCGAGAAGGUGAUUCAGGUCGUUUAUCCGACGGGCCUCAAUGCCGUUGCGCUGCCACGGCCCAGCGGCUUGCGGACGCCGCGAGGUCCUGAUCCGGCUGUUGCCGGCCCGCGUCGCGUAGUCUGGGCCGACCUGGCGGCCCACGAUUCGGAUGAGGAGGGUGGUGCGCCACCCGAAGUCAAUAUCAUCGUGACUUUAGUUCUCCGCUUGUACAUAUGCAUGCUCUUUUGCACAAUCCGUGGAUGA